UUAUUUUUAUCGAUUUGCACUCUGAGAAAUGUUUACAAUUGAAAAAUUAUAAUUAUUGUUAUUUUAUUCACGUGACUUUCAUUAUUUGAUGUUUAUGAUUGAGGAGUGGAGUGAAAAAUCAUGGAAAUUAGAAAAAUGGAAUUUCCGAUUCUGGAGAUGAAUGAUUUUUUUACUUUUAUAUCUUUAAGAUAGUAAGAGGGAGUAUAAAAGGAAAAAUGGAAGCGCCUCCCCAAGAAGAUUACGCCUUCCACCUGGGUGAGAUGUUCAACAGCUACGAGGAGCUAGAGGAUAAGCUGGAGAAAUUUUCGAAGAGAAGUCUUGUCCACUACUGGAGGAGAGACAGUAGAACAGUGAGUGGAGCCCACAUGAAAACAGCAAGACCCAUCAGCGAGAGAUUGAAAUAUUACUCAGUAAAAUACGCGUGCAUCUACGGAGGUCAGAAGUUUCUCCCGAGAGGUGCAGGACGCAGACAGUCCCAGUCGAUCAGAACAAAUUGUCCAGCGCACAUAAUGCUGAGGGCAUCAAAGGAUGGGACAAAACUCGAAGUAACGAGUGUCAACAACGAGCACAAUCACGAGAUAUCGGAGGAGCUCUUCAAGAGUCUUCCUCAGGAGCGAAAACUGUGUGGAGAAAUAAAGCAGGAGGUCCAGGAUCUCAUGCAGCUGCACAUCGACAGGAAGAGGCUGAAGGAGUACGUCAGACUGAGGACGAACAAGAUUCUGAGGUCUAAGGAUUUGUUUAAUAUUGCUGCUGCCAAUAAACAGAAACGAGAUAUCACUCCAGAGAGGGCUUAUCAGCUGUUCAAGAGGAUUCACGACCUUGAGAAGAUGCAGGGAGGCAAAAGAAUGUACCCUGAGGCUGAGGAUGAAAUCGCUCAGAGGCUUAAAAAAUUGAAGAAAGAUAGUAAUUCUCCAUGGGGUCAAGACGACCUGCCUCCAGGCCUUGAAAUGCACGAGGCGAAUGAUGCAGACGAGUCCUACAACGCUCAGCUGACCCAAGAGGAAGUUCCUGACGAGAUGGACACGACUGAGGGAGAAUUACUGAGGGCUAAUGCCGAAACUCGUGGAGAACUGGUUGGAGAGAUCGUUGGAGAACUUGUGAUGGACGACGGGGAUCCUUCCGUUAUCGUCGAAUCCAUCGUCAAUGCUGACGGGUCAGUGUUCGUCGACGAAAGAGAUUUCAACAGCUACUGCGAUAAUCACCUGGGGCACGACAGUCGGUCCUCGGCGUCCCAGGGAUCUCAGGUUUUGGAUAUUGAAACAAUAUCGACGCCGGUGGAAAUGGAAAAACUCCCGAAGACUCAACGAUCGAAUCCCCACCUCCUCUCAGACCCUUUAUCCCCGACGAUGUCGAGGUCUCCGCCAAUGGACGAGUGUCAUGACACAAAAAUCUGGAUAAUGAAAACCGGGACCAUGGAGUCAGAGAUGGACAGCUGUCCGGAAAACGAGACUGUCAAGAAUCCUAAAAAUGUAACUGAAAUAAACCCAGAGGUGUCGAAUGUCGAGGUUUUCGCUGGAGAGGCGAAUCAUCAGCUACUCCUGGAACAGCUGUCAGUGCUCAAGGCUGAGAAGGGAAAGCUCAUCCACGAGACGGAGAUGUUGAAGCUGAAGAAGGAUAAACUCAAGCUGCAAAUCAACUGUUAUACGAACGAGAUGAAGAAGCAGGAGAUGGAGAAGGAGAAGCUGAGGCUAGAGAUUAAACUCCUGCAGUCAAAAGUCGUCGACGAUGCCAAUGACGUCUCUCACUACAUCUUCGUACCUUGAGAGCACUCGAGUUAGAUUUGAGUUUUGCAUUCAAUUUUUUCGUUGGAUUUCAAGAAUAUUCCGGACUACUUUUUUAUUUUGAUUUUCAUCAGAUGUCAACGUAUAAAAAUAUGUCUGAUAUUUUUUUUGUCCAUUAUCGACGGUUUUAAUGGCAGAUAAAAAAAUUAUGCAAUAACUCGAGAGACUUGACGACUCAAAGGACAAGAACUGUAAAUAAUAGCAGAGGAACGGGGAAUAUCAUGAUAUUUCCUCUUUUUCUAUUAAAUAAUUAAACUACGACCUAACAGAGAUGAUUCCCACCUCGAUGUGCGAUCGUUCUUGCUUUUUGUUUAAGAGUGAUUCAUAAAUAAAUUAUUUUCAUCAAA